AUGGCUGCACAGCGGUCAAGGUCUCCAUCGGUCCCAUCAGAGGGUGAGAUCAUCGAGUCAGACUCAGAUACGAAGGCAACUACGUCGCAAACCUCUCUUUUUAAUGACACCAACGUUGACCGUAACCCCAGAAACGAUGCUCUACCUCCAAAGUCCCCUAGUUCGCGGCCGUACCGCUCUGAACGCUCAAGGUCCCGCUCGCCAUACUACAGAUCUUCUCGCGGCGAAAAACGAAGACGAGAUGACUACUAUGACUAUGAUAGGGGCAAUCGUGGGGGGCGUGUGAAGUUCUCAAAUGGCACAUACGAUGACAGCUACCAUCGCCGUGGGAGUUCUCGUAGGCACAACCAACGGCCAUACUACGAUCACGAUAGGAACGAUAGCUAUGACCGGGGCAGCCGGCAUUUGCAGUAUAGCGACGAUUACGACAGGAGGCCAGACAAACGUCCGAGAACGCGAAGCCGUUCUCCUUACCGAGACCCUAGAAAACAGAAACAGUACUCGGGUGAUGAAGCCUCAAACAAGGACGCCUUGGAGAAAGAUGGCAAGGGCAUGGCCCGCGGGCAGAUGGAGAUUAAGUUGUCUACAGAACAGUCAGUGAGCGAACGAGGAAAUCCCUCAGUUAACGCUCAAACUUGGAAGCAAAAGGCUGAAAAUGGAGAAUCUCAGAUACAGCAGAAUCGUUCCAUCACUGAAACUAGUACAGAUGAUAAACCGUCUGUUCAAGGCAAAGACGAGGAUACUGAAAUGUUCAUAGAACCAGUUGAUGAAGCUACACUGAUUGAACAACGACGGAAACGCCGUGAAGCUAUAAAGGCUAAGUAUCGUGAUGCACCGAAGCCUCUUAUCGUCCAAGCUUUGAAGCCUGUCAACCCACCCGAGUCCGCGACAAAUGGCUCUGCUAAAUCCACUUCAAAUGCAGAUGAAGCUGCAUCAUCCGCCCCAUCACCAAUGAUAACUCCUAUUGACACACCCGGCUCGCAGUCACCUGCUAAUUUUGAAGUUUCAAAGGAUGAGGAUCUUGCCAACACGGAUUUAAGUGAUAGGAGUGGAAUCAAUAAGGAAGAACCGUGUGCCGCUGAUUAUGACCCGACUUCCGAUAUGAGAGAAGAUAAGAAGAGACAUGACAAGCGUCACUUUGGAGAUGAUCUUUCUGCUGCCUCUUAUGACGAGACUAAGACGGGCCAACUUACUACAGCUGCUCAAGAAGCAGAGAAACCGAAUCCAGUAAAUGUUAAAGAUGAUUUCGACAUGUUUGCCGAGGGUGACGACGAUAUUUUUGCUGAAGAGCCGCCGUCGUCUAUGCGGCCAAAUGGCCCAACGGGAAUUCCAAAGGCCCAGGAACUAGACAUGAGCAUGCUCGAUAAUUGGGAUGACCCUGAAGGCUACUAUAACGUCAUGCUGGGUGAGUUGAUCAACGGUCGGUAUCAUGUUCAGCAGAUCCUAGGCAAGGGAAUGUUCUCUUCCGUUGUACGUGCUACAGACUCGAAGACGGGGAAACUGGUGGCAGUGAAGAUUGUUCGGAACAAUGAUACCAUGAGGAAAGCAGGCAUGACGGAAAUCAAUAUACUGCAGUUGCUACAAAACGCAGACCCUGAGGACAAGAAACACAUUAUCAGGUUUGACAGACAUUUUGACCACAAAAAUCACCUGUGCAUGGUUUUUGAGAAUCUCAGCAUGAACCUUCGCGAGGUCCUCAAGAAGUUUGGUAGAGAUGUUGGUAUCAAUCUACGAGCCAUCCGAGCGUAUGCUCAGCAAAUGUUCCUCGGCUUAAGCCUUCUUCGCAAAUGCAACAUCCUCCACGCAGAUAUUAAACCCGACAACCUUCUGGUUAAUGAGAAUAGAAACAUUCUCAAGAUAUGUGACCUUGGUUCUGCCUCCCUCGCCUCAGAAAAUGAGAUCACCCCUUAUCUCGUCAGUCGGUUCUACCGAGCCCCUGAAAUCAUACUUGGAAUACCAUAUGAUCAUAGCCUGGACGUCUGGUCUAUAGGCUGCACAUUAUUCGAGCUUUACUCGGGGAAAAUACUUUUUACAGGACGCAAUAACAACCAGAUGCUCCGGUCCAUCAUGGAAUGCCGCGGCAAAUUUCCGCCCAAGUUCCUACGACGCGCAACCCUGGCACAUCUACACUUUGACGAUCUUCUCAAUUUCCGCAGUCUCGAGGAAGACAAGAUUACAGGCCGCAUGGUGACCAAGAUCCUUGACUUUAAGAAGCCCUCGCGAGACCUGAAGUCUCGGUUGAUUGGGAAAGGGGCCAGACUCAAUGACGCAGAAUCCAAGGAGAUAAUGAUGUUCAUUGACCUCCUUGACCGAUGUUUGAAUCUGAACCCAGAGAAACGCUGUACUCCUUCGGAAGCACUUCGCCAUCCAUUCAUUGCCAGGCAUAGCAAAGUUUGA